AUGACAGACCGGACCAAUCACAUCAACAUUCAGAUGGUGCAAGACUUGGGCACCAAUGGGACGGCCGGGCCAAAGGUUGUCACCACGGGAACCGUAAGGCCGCUGCACGGCGCCACGGUCAGCUUCCAUAACAUCAAUUACAGCGUGGACCUAAAGAGUGGGCCCCUCUGCAAAAGGAAAGUCAUCCACAAGGAGAUCCUGGUGGACCUCAGUGGAAUCAUGAAACCUGGAUUGAAUGCUAUUCUGGGCCCUACUGGGAGUGGCAAAUCUUCUUUUCUGGACGUGCUCGCAGCGAGGAAGGACCCGGCCGGUCUGUCUGGUGAAGUUCUGAUCGACGGAGCUCCACAGCCACCCAACUUCAAAUGUCUGUCAGGCUACGUCGUCCAGGAUGACGUGGUGAUGGGCACACUGACAGUCAGGGAGAACCUGCGGUUCUCUGCAGCGUUGCGUCUCCCCUCCACAAUCAGUGAGAUGGAGAAGGAGGCCAGAGUGAACCAUCUCAUUCAAGAACUGGGACUCAGCAAAGUGGCCGACGCAAGAGUCGGUACUCAGCUGAUCAGAGGGGUUUCGGGAGGGGAGCGGAAGAGGACCAACAUUGGCAUGGAGCUGAUCAUAGACCCCUCUGUGCUCUUCCUGGACGAGCCCACCACAGGCCUGGACGCCAGCACCGCCAACUCUGUCCUCCUGCUCCUGAAGAGGAUGGCCAAUAACGGACGCACCAUCAUCAUGUCCAUCCACCAGCCGCGCUACUCCAUCUACCGCCUCUUCGACAGCCUCACCCUGCUGGUCAGCGGCAAGCUGGUGUACCACGGCCCCGCCCAAAACGCCCUGGACUACUUCGCUCACAUUGGUUACCCCUGUGAAGCCCAUAAUAACCCUGCAGACUUCUUCCUGGACGUCAUCAACGGAGACUCCAUGGCAACCACAAUGAACAAGACAGAAAACUCCGGAGAGCUCGUAUUCGAGGAGCCCAGCAGUAACAGACAGAGCAUUGAAGACAGGCUGCUAGAGGAAUACAGAGACAGCAGCUACGCCCGUGAAACCAAAGCCGAACUGGAGCGCAUCGCCCAAGGCAGAGACUACACCACCAGGCCCAAGUCACGCACCGUCACCUACAACAGCUCCUUCUUCCACCAGCUCAAAUGGGUGCUGAAAAGAACCUUCCGGAACUUGAUGCUGAACCCCCAGACGUCCGUUGCACAGCUGGGAGUCACCGUCUUCUUGGCUCUCAUAGUUGGUGCCAUUUUCUUUGGAGUCAAGGACGAUCAGAGUGGCAUUCAGAACAGGUUUGGUGCUCUUUUCUUCAUCACUACCAACCAGUGUUUCAGUACACUCUCCGCUGCAGAACUGUUCAUCACAGAGCGAAAACUCUUCAUACACGAGUACACCAGUGGAUACUACAGGGUCUCUGUUUACUUCCUGUCUAAGAUCCUGUCUGACAUCAUCACCCUGCGUACCAUUCCCGCCAUCGUCUUCACCUGUGUCGUCUACUUCAUGAUCGGUUUUAAGGCCACUGCCUCGGCAUUCUUCAUUUUCAUGCUGACGGUGACGCUGGUUGCCUACACGGCAACGGCCAUGACCCUGGCCAUCUCAGCCGACCAGUCAGUGGUGGCCAUCGCCAACAUCUUCAUGACCAUCAGUUUCGUCUUCAUGAUGAUAUUUUCGGGUCUCCUGGUCAAUCUAAACAGCGUCAUGGAUUGGCUGGCCUGGCUGAAGUAUUUCAGUAUCCCUCGCUACGGACUCACGGCUUUGGAGAUUAAUGAGUUUGUGGGACUGAAGUUUUGUGAGGACCUCCCUCCCUCAGCUGGCAUGACUGCUCAGAUAACCAAUGGCACUGGCGGGCUUCAGGGACUGACGUGCACAGGUGAGCAGCAUUUGGAGUUCCAGGGGAUUGUAUACACGACCUGGGGUCUGUGGCAGAACCACGUGGCCCUGGGAGUUAUGACCAUCAUCUUCCUCAUCAUCGCGUACGCAAAGCUCCGCUUCCUGAAGAAAUUCUCCUGA